CGAGUUCGACUUUUGCAAACGCAUCUGACGCAGACUUUCGCGGUCUUUUUCAUUAUUUAGAUUAGCAAAAGUUCAGAGCUUCUUUAAUUGUUUUUUGUUGUUAUUGUUGUGUAAAAAUGGUCGACCAGCAUGAUGAAAAUUUGUUACCAGACAUGUUGCCUUUAUACUACACAAGAUAUUUUCCUCAGAACAUUCUUUGUAGAUGGCUUUCAUGUGGAAAUAGUCCUAAACCGCUAUCCAAUAGAGAAUUGUCAUUUACUUUAGCAGAUGAUGUGUAUUUACGUUAUUUAUCUAUCAGUAACCAAAAGGAAUUCCAAACAUUGUUGCAGAAGAAGUGUCCACAUAAACUUGAUAUUGGUGCAGUUUACAAUACUAAGCCCUCUAUUGGUCGUCAUGAUGCAGUGGUACUAGCUAGGGAGCUAGUGUUUGAUAUUGAUCUGACGGACUAUGACGAAGUGCGUACUUGUUGCCAGGAAGCUAAAGUGUGUGAUAAGUGCUGGAAAUUUAUGGUUGUAGCCUGUGAGAUUAUCCAUACUGCUUUACAAGAGGAUUUUGGUUUUCAGCAUAUUCUAUGGGUAUUCUCUGGUCGACGUGGCAUACAUUGCUGGGUGUCGGACUAUGAAGCUAGGACACUGGACAGUCCUGGCAGAGCAGCGGUUGCAGACUACCUGUGUCUUAUAAUGGGCGGCGAAAAUCAGAAUAAAAAAGUCCAUUUGGCUAAUGACCAACAUUCUAGUAUAUGGAGGUCUCUUACCAUAAUCGAUAAAUAUUUUGAAGAAAUUCUCCAAGACCAAGACUUUAUUUCAACAACAGAAGGAUUAAAAGGUUUUUUAAAAAUGAUACCUGAUGAGGCAUUGAGAACCCAAGUGGAAGAAAACUUAGAAAAAAUGCCCAGAUCUUCUCUUGAGAGAUGGGAUACAUUUGUUAAUACUUAUAAUCAAUUUUGUAAAGAAAACAUAAAUGCGAUACGAAAAAUGAAAUAUUUGAUUGAAGAGAUAAAGAUACAGUAUUGUUACCCGAGACUAGAUGUUAAUGUGACUAAAGGGUUCAACCAUUUACUAAAGUCACCGUUCAGUAUUCAUCCCAAAACUGGAAAAGUAUCAGUGGCUUUUAAACCCGAACAUGCUAGGAGUAUGAAAUUGGAAGAAAUACCUACCAUAUACUCACUCCUUGAUGACCGUGCUCCAGAUAAUGUUCAACAUCAAAGCAAUAUGAGGGUAGCUGUGAAAACCUUUCAAGAACUAGUCUUUUCUUUGGAAAAAUCAGAAGCUAUGAGGAGGAAAAAUGAUGCAAAUACAUCACUUUUGGAAUUUUGAAGAGAUCGCACGCGACUGCUAGUCAUAGAACGCGUAAGAGCUGCAUUAUUCAGUACUGAAAUACAGAAGCUCGGUCAGCAAUUAGCACCAUCGCGCGCUUGAGUGAGGCAUUCUCUGCUGACGUCAUUUAGCUCGAUCGGGUUAUUAAUAUAAACCACUACCUACUGCAAAAAAUUACCGACAAAACAUCUCUUAUCCACUUCUAUGCAGGUGUAAAAUAGACAAUGUUAAAUAGGAUUAAAAUAAUUUUGAUCUGUAAUCUUUUGAGGGUUCCGUCGGUGCUAACGGGACCCUAUUACUAAGCGGUAAUCCUCAGCUGUCCGUCUGUCUGUCAGCGGGCUGUAUCUCGUGAACCGUAAUAGGUAGAGAGUUGAAAUUUUCACAGAAUGUGUAUUUCUAUUGCCGCUGUAACAAAUGAUAAAAAUAAUUCGAAAUGGCCGCUAUAAAAAUUUGUGUUCUUUCUUGUACGAUGGUACGGAACUCUUCGUGUGCGAGUCCACUUGUCGCACUUGGCCGAUUUUUUCUAGAAUCAAUAUUUAAUUCUCUAUAAUUUGCAAGAAUUAUAUAGAAUUUAAAUGAAAUGAACCCCGUACUAUAUAACUUUGUUUACAUACAUUCAUGUCCUUAAGUUGAUAAUAAUCGAGAUAAUUUGAUAAAUUAUUGUUUAUUACACUUUUUCCCGUUUAAAUCUACUUGUUUUCGCUGUAAAAAUUAUAAGUAAUUUUACUCGAAUGUUGAAAUAGUAAGGGGAGUUGUUGAGCAAAAACAAUUCCCUCGUAAAUUCAAAAUGACGGCUAAGGGUGGGAUUUAUAGAGCGCACUUUGACUUUGCUUAGACUUAAGAUUGAGUUGAAACGAGACAGACUUAUGUG